CCUCAUGGACCUGGGUUGGCUCCCAGUCGCCUGGGGGAGGGGAUGUAUAUUAAUAGGGAACAGUGAUAAACCCUUCUCUGCAGGGGAAGAAGGGGUUGGAAGAGGAAACGCCCUCAACCACUCACGCCCGAAAGGCUGGUGGAUUCCGCUCACCAGGUUUCGGGACGAAAAUGGGUCGUUGAUACAGAGUGCACUUGUCAUGCCAUAUCGCAAUUUUGUCCUCAAGGGGGCGCCACCUUUGGGGGCUUGCCAACAAGAGUGGACACCCGGAGAUUGGCCUCAUGGCAAGACGGUGUGGUUGCGAGCAUGUUCUUUCUGGGCCUCGUUCCACACCAUGGCGCUCCGCGCAGAUGCCCUCGGCGGAGAUAAGCCGAAUAGGCUUUUCGGUGCAAUCGCAAGGAUAAUCUCUGGCGGAGCUGUGUGGUGUGGAGGCUGAACCGUGCAUUUCAGGGCGUUCAUGCAGGUGUUGCUGCCAAGAAUUGCACCUGAUUCUGUUGUCUCAUACUUCUGGCAAUGAAACCAGCAGCAAUGAGGUUCUGCGAAUGCUCAUAUGAUGCUGAUGUCCCAAUGCAACACGUUCGAAGCGUGGUCCCUUACUGUCAUGUCAUCGUAUGUCCAACGCGGGUACAUGAAGCUCACCUGCGACCUCAUUGAGACCCAAGACCUGCUAGCGUUCCAAACGUUCACCAACCUCAUCCAGACGUACGGCCCGCAGGAGUACAUGUUGCCGAACAUCACGGGCACUGGAGUGCCGCUCUCCACCAUCUUCGUGGCGCACCACAACCUCGUCACCUAUGGCGUCUCGUUCGAAUGGACGCGCCCCAGGCCCCCCCCCGGUUCGGGCAAGCUUGCCACGAAGAGGUACUAUUCCCCCGAGACGGCAGUCGAGCAGCUCGCGAGCGGGGACCUCUUCCGGGGCGACGCGGAGGUGCAGGCGUGGUACAGGCAGAACCGCGGUUCGCUCGAGCCUGCGUCCGUGGUGGACGUGCCCGGCAUGGCGAAGUGGGUUCAGUUCGCGCAGGUGUGUUUCGCCACUGAAGUCAGCCCCGCGGGCUGCAGUGCCGCUUGGCCAGAUGUGUUCAACUUGACCCACCCGUUUUCUGAUGACAUUUCUGUGGCAGACGGGCUAUAGGCUGCAGGCGUUUUGACGGGAGAGAGCGGCAAGGUCGGGGCAUUGAUGUAUAUAUAUAGGUGUUACAACGCACUUCUAAUCAUAGCCAGUGGGGAGUGAGGGCAAACGACGCUCAGAAGGGCGGAGCCCAUCGUGAUGUGCGAUCGAGCCACUUGUGCCAGGAAGCUCCUCACUGUGCUCCCGCUCCGGCAAUGCUCCUGGGCCCCGUGACGGCGGCUGCCUGGCGCCCGCAGACACGUUCUCGUGCUUGCGGCUGCGCGCAGCUGCCGGAGUCGCCCUGCAGCAUCUUCGGGCACGCAUUGCACUAGGCAUCCUGCCAGGCUCAUAUGAGCUGUCCAGCCGUGAGGGGAAGGCCUGGGGUGACCAUUUUUUUGUGGAAUUGGUUAUUAUGCAGGAGAGUGGGUGGAGCCUGGUUUGGGCAAUUCUGCUUGGGACGCCCUCAGAAUCUGCCUGGUUUGGCCCCUGGUUUGGCCGCGCGCCCUGCCUGCGACAUCCUGAACAUUUGCUUGGGCCUAGUUUUUCUUGGUGUGGGCUUGUUUGGGGCGCCUUCCCGCUUGAGACGUUCUCGCACUUCGCCCGGUUUGGCUCUGAG